AUGCCUCUCAUCGCACAGAACCCCACCAACAGGGUCAUCCUUGGCCUGAUGACCUUUGGCCCGGACGAGGCUACAGGUGCCCGCAUUACAUCCGUGGACGAGUUCGGCAAGGUCCUCGACAUCCUCCAGAAGCGCGGAUACAACGAGGUGGACACUGCCCGCAUGUACAUUGGUGGCAAGCAGGAGGCAUUCACUCGUGAGGUUGGCUGGAAGCAACGCGGCCUUACUUUGGCGACCAAGGUUCAAUACCCGUCAGAAUAUGGCAUGAAUGCUCCUGAUAAAGUCAAGGAGUCGGUGGACCUCAGUUUGAAAGAGCUGGGCACUGACUGCGUCGAUCUCCUCUAUCUUCAUGCCGCCGACCGAGGUACACCCUUUGCCGAGACACUCCGCGCCAUCAACGACCUACACAAGGCCGGCAAAUUCGUCAACUUUGGCAUUUCCAACUUUGCUGCAUACGAGGUUGCCGAGAUCGUCAUGACAUGCGUGCAAAACAACUGGGUGCGACCAACUGUUUACCAGGCCAUGUACAAUGUCAUCACACGGUCUAUCGAGGCAGAACUGAUUCCUGCAUGUCGCCGAUACGGACUUGACCUGGUGGUGUACAAUCCCAUUGCCGGCGGUCUUUUCAGCGGCAAGAUCAAGACCCAGGAUAUGGUACCUGCUGAGGGUCGAUUCAGCGACUCGACUACCAGUAUGGGUAAGAUGUACCGCAACAGGUACUUCAAGGAGACCACAUUCAAAGCCCUCCAAACGAUAGAGGCUGCGGUUGAGAAGCACGGCCUGAGCAUGAUAGAGACGGCAUUGCGUUGGACCGUACACCAUUCCGCACUUCAGGUCACCAACGGCGGACGAGAUGGCGUGAUCAUCGGUGUUUCAAGUGGUGCCCAGCUUGAGGAUAACCUGAACCAUCUCGAGAAGGGACCGUUACCUGAGGAAGUACUGAAGGCACUCGACUCGGCGUGGGAAAUUGCGCGCGGAGACACCGCCAACUACUUCCACAUGGAGCUCAAGUAUCAAUAUGAUACCAAGGAGGCGUUGUUUGGCAAGAUAUGA